AUGUUACCAGAUUAUACUUAUGGAGUGUUACCACGAAUAACUAAAAUAUCCCCCAAAACCGCAAAAGUGGCCAAAAUUCGGCGAAAACAGCGAAAGUGUGAUAGGCAAUUGCAGCCAGCGAAACGAACGAAAACAAAAGAAAAUAGUGUUGAUAGCAAUACGAGCGUAGUAAGCAGCGGCAGCAGCACCGUCAGCAGCGGCGUCAGCGCGGGCAGCGGCGCAGGCAGCGGUAGCAACAACAAACGGCCGGCGGUGGGCACGGAAACGGGCCGGGGAACGGCCGAGAACAAAACAGCAACCACAACAGCUGCCGGCCGGUGUGCGGCGGGCUUAAGCGAAGCUGUUGCUAAAAGUGGGUGUGGCGGCGGGGACGGCGGUGGAGGCGGUGGGUUUGGGGAAAGCCGUGCGAAAGAGGAGAGGGAGGAGAGGCCGAAGGAGCAGCUAACAAAGGGCCACGGCCCACUGAACGCCACACAUUUACAUUUAACCAAUUGCCUGCGCACAGUGCAAAAACUUGCUAUUGAACUUGACAGCGACGUCGACGCCAAAGCCAACGCCAACGCGAGCAGCGAAGCAAAAGCCAGCAGCGCUGUCAUGUCAGAGACGGGCUGCCGGCAUUAUCAAAGCUACGUGAAGGAGCACAGCUACGAUACAUUCCGGGUCAUCGACGCCUACUUCGCUGCCUGCGUCAACAGAGAUGCGCGAGAGAAGAAGGCGAUCCACUGCAAUUGCUUCGAGUGCGGCAGCUAUGGCAUCCAGUUGUACGCUUGCCUGCACUGCAUCUAUUUUGGAUGCCGUGGUGCCCACAUCACAAGUCAUUUGCGAUCGAAGAAGCACAACGUGGCAUUGGAGUUAUCCCACGGAACAUUGUAUUGCUAUGCCUGCAGGGAUUUCAUUUACGAUGCGAGGAGCCGGGAGUAUGCGCUGAUCAAUCGUAAGCUAGAGGCCAAGGAUCUGCAGAAGAGUCUCGGAUGGCAGCCGUGGAUACCUACCGCCAAAGAGACGAAUCUGCUGCUGGCCAAUGCAAGGCGGAGAUUGGUUAGACCAAAUCAAACGAUCGGAUUGAGGGGGUUGCUCAAUUUGGGGGCCACCUGCUUCAUGAACUGUAUUGUUCAGGCUCUAGUGCAUACUCCUCUGUUGAGUGAUUACUUUAUGUCGGAUCGCCAUGAUUGCGGUAGCAAGUCCUCGCACAAAUGUCUUGUCUGUGAAGUGUCGCGACUCUUCCAGGAGUUCUAUUCGGGCUCCCGAUCGCCAUUGUCGCUGCACCGCCUGCUGCAUUUAAUUUGGAACCAUGCCAAGCACCUCGCUGGCUACGAACAGCAGGAUGCGCACGAGUUCUUCAUCGCCACACUGGAUGUGUUGCAUCGCCACUGCGUCAAAGCCAAAUCGGAGCACGAGAGCAAGAGCAAUAGUUCGAGUUCCGGCAGCGGCGGUACCAAUUCCAGCAGUUCAAGCAGCUUGCAUUGCUAUGGCCAAUGCAAUUGCAUCAUUGAUCAGAUCUUUACGGGCAUGCUGCAGAGCGAUGUGGUUUGUCAAGCCUGCAAUGGUGUGUCUACCACAUUUGAUCCCUUUUGGGAUAUUUCACUGGAUUUGGGAGAAACGACAACGCAUGGUGGCGUUACCCCAAAAACUUUAAUCGACUGCCUGGAGCGGUAUACGCGAGCCGAGCAUCUUGGUUCGGCCGCUAAAAUCAAGUGUUCCACGUGCAAAUCCUACCAGGAGUCCACCAAACAGUUCAGUUUGCGCACUCUGCCCAGCGUUGUUUCCUUCCAUUUGAAGCGUUUUGAGCACUCGGCUCUGAUCGAUCGCAAGAUCUCCUCCUUUAUUCAAUUCCCCGUCGAGUUCGAUAUGACGCCGUUCAUGUCCGAGAAGAAGAAUGCCUACGGUGACUUCCGUUUCUCUCUGUACGCCGUUGUCAACCAUGUGGGCACCAUCGACACGGGACACUACACGGCAUAUGUGCGGCACCAGAAGGACACAUGGGUUAAGUGCGAUGAUCAUGUGAUAACGAUGGCAUCGCUAAAGCAGGUGCUGGACAGCGAGGGUUAUUUAUUGUUCUACCAUAAAAACGUGCUGGAAUACGAGUGAGGCAUUGGACAUGGACAUCCAUAGAGAGACUGUUUAUCCCUCAACAUAAAUUCAAAAAUCCCUGCAUAACGAAUAAAUAUAAAAACAAACAAAAAAAGUAAAAAACAACCGACAAGUCCGCGGCAGCGCUUACAAUUUAAGUAAUCUUAACAAAAAAAAAAAA